AUGAGAAAGAAACAAGAUACCAAAACUGAAAAGAUUGCAAUGCAGAAUUCAAUGUUUUUCUUGACCCAAAGGCAGCAAAGCAAGGGCUUAGUGGACAGCCAUUUUCAAGACCUGAUAUUGGUGGUUUUGGUGGAAAUGCAACGCCUAGGCUAUUUGCAAGGUGGAUCUAUUGUUCCAGUAGGUCCCUGCAUUCAACAUACAGGUGAAGCAAAGCUCACUGACACUCUAAUACUCCUUGUGGCUCUAGACGAGCAAGGAAAAGCAGAAGGAAUAAUUUUUGAAGAUAAUGGUGAUGGAUAUGAAUACCAGCAAGGACAAUUCCUUUUGACAUAUUAUGAAGCAGAGUUAUCUUCCUCUACAGUUUCUGUAAUAGUUUCUAGAACUGAAGGAUUAUGGAAGAGGCCAAAACGUAAAUUGCAUGUGCAAUUGCUGCUUGGUGAGGGAGCCAAGAUUGAGGCAUGGGGCCAAGAUGGAGAAAAGAUAAAAUUUGAGGUUCUUCCUACAGUUGAGGUUGAGAACCUUGUAGCUGAAAGUCAGAAACAGCACAGCAUAAAGAUUGCCCAAGCAAUUCGCCCUCCAGAUGAAAAAGAGCACCAUGCAGAAAAGGGAACUGAACUCUCUAGGACCCCUGUUGACCUUGAGAGUGGUGAGUGGCGUCUCAAAGUAAUUCCUUGGAUUGGGGGUCGCAUGAUCUCAAUGACCCAUAUUCCAUCUGACACCCAAUGGUUACACAGUAGGUUGGAAAAAAAUGGAUAUGAGGAAUACAGUGGUGUUGAGUAUCAUUCUGCUGUUUGUUCUGAGGCAUACACUGUUAUCAAGCGAGAUCUUCAGCAAGCAGAAGAAGAAGAGUCCUUGACCUUAGAAGGUGAUAUUGGAGGUGGUUUAGUCUUACAGCGCGAAAUUUGUGUUCCAAAGUCUCGUCCAAAAGUUGUUCGGAUUGAGUCAACCAUUAUUGCAAGGAAUCAAGGGAUAGAAAGGAGGGGUUUCAAACAUAUAUUUUUAUGUUUAUCUAUUUCUUCAACGUUUUUCGAAAUAUCCAGGUUAAAUUUGAAACGCCAUGAAAUGAUUCAGAAAAAACGAAUUUUCCUUCUAGAAUCAGUAAAAGAUAGCGAACCUGUAAGCAGAGUGAAAGGCCAAAGAAAGCGCGCCCAGCAGCAGGGAGAUCAAGCUUCGAACGCCCCAGAAAAUACUCAGAAACACAAGAAAAUUUCCAUGGCGGCUCCCUAA